CGGGGUCCCGGCUGGGGAACCCCUUGCAGGUCCUGGGCAGUGGGGCGCCCUGUCCUUUGAGGGACUCUCCUCCCUGCUGCUUCCGUACAGCUUGGGGAGGGGGCCGUCGGUGGAGGGGCUGCGAAAGGCCGGAGUUGGCUACCAAAACCAAAACCAAACCAAACAACCUGGUUUAUGUACGAGAGUUUGCAGGACAUCAGUAUGAGCUGGUCACCUUCCCUGCCAACCCAGACAUGCGGGGCCUGGGAAAUGAAAGAACGGCUUGGGACAGGGGGAUUUGGGAACGUCAUCCGAUGGCACAAUCAGGAAACGGGCGAGCAGAUCGCUAUCAAGCAGUGCCGGCAGGAACUUAGUCCCCGGAACCGCGAGCGCUGGUGCCUGGAGAUCCAGAUCAUGAGGAGUGCGGAGAUACAGGGAGGACUGGCCAAGGGCACUCUGAAGAGAACGGAGCUCUGCACGGGGCGCCCAGAGCUGGGGCUACGGUGCCGACAGGAACGCUGCCCGGGCCCUGGGCGAGUGGCUGAACCACCCCAACGUGGUGGCCGCCAGGGACGUCCCCGAGGGCAUGCAGAGCCUGGCUCCCAACGACCUGCCCCUGCUGGCCAUGGAGUACUGCCAGGGAGGGGACCUGCGGAAGCAAGGCCGCGUCGGGGAAGGGGUCGGAGGGAGGUGUUCAGUGGCUCCUUCAGGCUCUCGGGAGCAGUGGACCAACUGUGGCUGAGCUCAGAUGGGCCUGCGUCCCCCAGGACCGCGGCACAGUACCUGAACCAGUUUGAGAACUGCUGUGGCCUGCGGGAAGGAGCCAUCCUCACCUUGCUGAGCGACAUCGCCUCUGCACUUAGAUACCUUCACGAAAACAGGAUCAUCCAUCGGGAUCUAAAGCCAGAAAACAUUGUCCUGCAGCAAGGGGAACAGAGAUUAAUACACAAAAUUAUUGACCUAGGAUAUGCCAAGGAGCUGGACCAGGGAAGUCUGUGCACUUCCUUUGUGGGGACCCUGCAGUACCUGGCCCCUGAGCUGCUAGAGCAGCAGAAGUACACGGUGACUGUGGACUACUGGAGCUUCGGCACCUUGGCCUUCGAGUGUAUCACGGGCUUCCGGCCCUUCCUGCCCAACUGGCAGCCCGUGCAGUGGCACUCCAAAGUCCGGCAGAAGAGUGAGAUGGACAUUGUGGUUAGUGAGGACCUGAACGGAGCCGUGAAGUUCUCCAGCUCGUUACCCCACCCGAGCAACCUCAACAGCGUCCUGGCCCAGCGGCUGGAGAAGUGGCUGCAGGUGAUGCUGAUGUGGCAGCCCCGACAGAGGGGCACCGACCCCGUCUACGGGCCCAAUGGCUGCUUCAAGGCCCUGGACGACAUCUUAAACUUGAAGCUGGUUCACGUCUUGAACAUGGUCACGGGCACCAUUCACACCUACCCCGUGGCAGAGGACGAGAGUCUGCCUAGCUUGCAGGCCCGGAUCCAGCAGGACACAGGCAUCCCUGAGGAGGACCAGGAGCUGCUGCAGGAAGCGGGUCUGGCCUUGACCCCCGACAAGCCCGCCGCUCAGUGCGCCUCCGACGGCAAGCUGAACGAGGGCCGCACCCUGGACAUGGAUCUCGUUUUCCUCUUUGACAACAAUAGGGUCGCCUAUGAGACCCAGAUCUCCCCACGGCCCCAGCCUGAAAGCGUCAGCUGUAUCCUGCAAGAGCCCAAGAGGAGCCUCCCGUUCUUCCAGCUGAGGAAGGUGUGGGGUCAGGUCUGGCACAGCAUCCAGGCCCUGAAGGAGGACUGCGGCCGCCUGCAGCAGGGCCAGCGCGCCGCCAUGAUGAAUCUGCUCCGGAACAACAGCUGCCUGUCCAAGAUGAAGAAUUCCAUGGCCUCUAUGUCUCAGCAGCUCAAAGCCAAGCUGGAUUUCUUUAAAACCAGCAUCCAGAUUGACCUGGAGAAGUACAGUGAGCAGAAAGAGUUUGGGAUCACGUCAGACAAGCUGCUGCUGGCCUGGAGGGAGAUGGAGCAGGCCGUGGAGCUCUGUGGACGGGAGAACGAGGUGAAGCAGCUGGUGGAGCGGAUGAUGGCGCUACAGACGGACAUCGUGGACCUGCAGCGCAGCCCCCUGGGCUGGAAGCAGGGCGGGACGCUGGACGACCUAGAAGAGCAGGCGCGGGAGCUUUACCGGAGGCUGAGGGAGAAGCCCCGAGACCAGCGAACUGAUGGCGACAGUCAGGAAAUGGUGCGGCUGCUCCUGCAGGCAAUCCAAGGUUUUGAGAAGAAAGUGCGAGUGAUCUAUACGCAGCUCAGUAAGACUGUGGUCUGCAAGCAGAAGGCUCUGGAGCUGCUGCCCAAGGUGGAGGAGGUGGUGAGCUUAAUGAGCGAGGACGAGAAGACUGUGGUUCGGCUGCAGGAGAAGCGGCAGAAGGAGCUCUGGAACCUCCUGAAGAUUGCUUGUAGCAAGGUCCGCGGUCCCGUCAGCGGAAGCCCAGACAGCAUGAACACGUCCCGCCUGAGUCACCCCAGCCAGCUGCUGUCGCAGCCUUGCCCAGCCCCUGACAGCUUACCCGAGGCCGUCAAGAAGAGGUGCGUCCCCGUUCGCCAUGCCCAGUGCAGGAGUCAGGGACGUGUCGGUCACCCGUCGGCGGUUCUCGAAGACCUCGUGGCUGAAGCACACACUCUGUGUACGCAGCUGGAAAACGCCCUACAGGACACCAUGAAGGACCAGGACCAGAGCUUAAGGGUAAUGGCCCGUGGGAAGCCCCGCCGCCCCACGCCCUUUCUUUCUACAGCAAACGAGAAAAAGCAGAUGGAAAGGCGAUGCCGUGCUUCCUCGAUCGCAGUGUACACUUAGGAUUUUCUAGUACAUACUUCUUAUUCACCGUGAUAACAAUGCUGAUGCCUGUUGAACGUGUGCAGGUGCUUUGUGCGCAUUAUCUCAUUUCAUCCUUGCUACACUCGCUGCUUACGAAGAAGGUAGCAUCACUGUGAGAAGGCCUCUCCCCUGCUGCACCUUCUGUACAAUUGCCGGGCAUGUGUGUGUGGGGUGCAGUGCUGGGCUCCGGGAACAAAGCAAGAGCCCGUCACCACCCCGCCUCUCAGGGACUCGGGGCUUAGCAGUCCUAGUUAUAGGGAAGCUGACCUAAAGGAAAACGAGUCCAGAUGCAGGUACGUUGAGACAAAGCUGAAAUUGCGGAGAGGGUGCUGAAUCAUCCGCGUGGCUCUCUGGCCUUUUCCUGCCGAGACAGUCACAUGCUGGCGUCUCCGCAACUUCUGAUUUGGGGGAAGAAUCGGAGGGGAUACUGCUCACUGUAACCACUUCUUAUUUAUUCAAGUGUCCUUCUCUGGUUUGCUGCUGUCUGUGUCUCUUCUUGCUGUUCUUCCUCCUCCGAGCCGUGUAUACUUGGAUCCUUUCACUGCCCGUUUGCACUUCUGCCAGGAGAAAAGGAAGUGUGACCAGGCCAUUUCACCUGGUGAGGUUGGAGGUCGAGAGCUGAGAUUAGCCCAGGGUACCAGCUGCCCGCAGUGAGCGUGAGUCAGUGCUGUGAGCUGCAGUAAUGAUACUUAAAUCACCUUCCCGGAAUCUCAGGGCUCCAAGCCCAUCUGAAGAAAAGCUCCGGCAUGGUUUUGCAGACGUAGCUCUACCUCAGGGGUACCCUGCAGAAACAAGACUGUCUUAACGAGAGGAAUUAAAUUUCCCUCUAAACUGUGCUGGUUGCCUGCCGAAGAAGGCAGAUGUCUAGGUGGCCACGGUGUCUUUAACGUGCCCGUUGACUUUUAGUCUCUAGACUGGAGCUGGUUGCAGUCGGGGGAGGAGGAGAAGCACAGCCUGGAGCGGGCCUCCUGACGGUGGGCGGCCCUGACCCUGCCGGGCUGCCUGGCCCGAGGCCCCCGGGGCCCCGCCACGUCGCGUCUGGUGUCCUCGGCACCCAGAUGGAGAUCUCGCUUCCCCAGCAGCCAUGACCAUCACCGUGGACUGAGGGUGCAGCCCUCCGUGGCAGUGCCAGCAGCUUAUCUGCACGCUGGACGUCCUCCGCCACGGAGACCCAGCAGACGAGGAUGCCGAGCACGGCGUCUGGGGAGGUGGAGCCACGGCAGCCACUGCCUCUGCGCAGAGAGAAGUGCUCCGAGUACAGUGGCUCCACAGACCACUGGCCACACGUCAAACUGACUUUUAGGACGAAGUAUGAAUGGCACUUGGUGCUAGCUGUCCUCUCCUGACCCCUCCUGAUCUCCAGAGGCCUCAUCCACCUAUCUUCACAGCUAAGGUUUCAUCUGGAUCCGGCUUCUCUUGAAACCAUGGAUUCGGCCCAGCCCGGUCCUCCCUCCUCUUCUGACUUCACGGCUGCUAAUGUUUUCCUUCUGCCUACGACCUUGGGCCAGGUUGGGUGAGUGCUGCUUUCCCCGUCCAAAGUCUCUCCAGCCAGAGUGAGUCGCUGGUGCCAGGAGGGGAGAGCGUCUCCCUUCCUGUGGACCCCAAAGAGUCCCCGGGAGCAAGCUGCCAUGGAGAAGAAGGAAAGAAGAGGAAGAUGUCUGUCAACCACCAGCUUGCUGACCCCUGUGCCCAUACCCCCUGCCCCUGGGUGCGGCAGGGUUGACGGGGCAGUUCCCAUCCCUCGUGUCAUCCAGCGGUAUUAUUAAGUGGAUUUAUAUUUAAAAAACAGAUUCUCUAUUUUGUAACAUGAUUCAAGUCCCACAGUCUAUUUUUAUAAUACCUCUGGUUGGGACUUCUGAACUCAAAGUCCAGCUUUAAUGGAAAGUUUUAUGAAAUUGAGUGGUGCCUGAUCAAACAGUGCCAGAGCACCAGCAAGGCCUCUUGGACGUUUCACAAAAGCUGCUCCUUCCUAUAACAGCAGGAAAGCAAAGUGAGUUCAGAUGAUAACAAACAGGCAAGUCUGGUUGGAGAAGAAAGUGGGACGAGAAGAGUUUCACAGAGUGCCUUCCAUGGAGGCGGUACAGUGGGUUCCGUGUCAGGGAAGUUGGGGAAACGCUUCAUGCUUUAACUGCCUCUUGGAGAUUCACCUUGUGCACUGGUUUAUUAAAGAAUCUGAAAGAUCUGUAAUAAUAAACUGGCUUAAAUCUACCUAAA